AUGCUCGCUCUGUCAUGUGAUUCGGUCUAUGCUCGCUUCACCAUGGGACUGGUCGAUGCUUGCUUCACCAUGGGACUCGGUCUAUGUUUGCUUCGUCAUGGGACUCAGUCAAUGCUCGCUCCAACAUGGAACUCGGUCUAUGCUCGCUCUGUCAUGGGAUUCGGUCCAUGCUCGCUCUGUCAUGGGAUUCGGUCCAUGCUCGCUCUGUCAUGGGACUCUGUCCAUGCUGUCUUCACCAUGGGACUCUGUCCAUGCUUGCCCCACCAUAGGACUCGGUCCAUGCUUGCUCCACCACAGGACUCUGUCCAUGCUGUCUUCACCACGGGACUCUGUCCAUGCUUGCUCCAUAACAGGACUCUGUCCAUGCUGUCUUCACAACGGGACUCUGUCCAUGCUUGCCCCACCAUAGGACUCGGUCCAUGCUUGCUCCACCAUGGGACUCUGUCCAAGCUUGCUCCACCAGGGACUCUGUCCAUGCUCGCUCCACCACGGGACUCUGUCCAUGCUUGCUCCAUGACGGGACUCCGUCCGUGCUGUCUUCACCACAGGACUCUGUCCAUGCUUGGUCCACCACGGGACUCGGUCCAUGCUUGCUCCACCACGGGACUCUGUCCAUGCUGUCUUCACCAUGGGACUCUGUCCAUGCUCGCUCCACCGCGGGACUCUGUCCGUGCUCGCUUCACCGCGGGACUCUGUCCGUGCUCGCUUCACCACGGGACUCUGUCCGUGCUCGCUUCACCACGGGACUCUGUCCGUGCUCGCUUCACCACGGGACUCUGUCCGUGCUCGCUUCACCACGGGACUCUGUCCGUGCUCGCUUCACCACGGGACUCUGUCCGUGCUCGCUUCACCACGGGACUCUGUCCGUGCUCGCUUCACCGCGGGACUCUGUCCGUGCUCGCUCCACCGCGGGACUUGGUCCAUGCUUGCUCCACCAUGGGACGCAGUCCAUGCGCACUCGGCCUGUGCGUGCUUCAAUCCAUCAUGGGACACAGCCCACUCACACUACUCCUUGCCUCAACUCUCUGGGUAAUAAUUAAAUGA